AUGAGUACAGUACUGGAAGUUGAGAGAGCGAAGCGGAAACAUCCACUCCAGCGGCUGGAUUCACCGUCUAAAGGGUUCUCGGGUGCAUUGCAUAACGACUCCUUCGGCGGCCACUUCCAAUACCUCACCAUCAUCGGCCUAACAAUCUGCACCUUAAGCUUCGCCUGCGGCAUCAUCGCCGACAUCACAAACUCCCGCACAUUCUUCCUCCUGAAAAACUACCUCUCCCUCACCGCCGCCCCCCUCGAACUCCUCAUCUCCCUCCUCUACUGGUCCCUCCGCCUCAUCGACACCUCCCUCGUCAUCCCGCCCGACCUCCCCAUGCUCCCCCUCGCCACCGACCUAACCUUCCACCUCUUCCCCGCGAUCUUCCUCUCCCUCGACGCACUGCUGCUGUCGCCGCCGUGGCCGACGUCGCCCGUCAACCCCAACGCCCCGCUCGUCACGCUGGCGAUGUCCACGGUCCUCGCGUUCGCGUACUGGUUCUGGAUCGAGGUGUGCUAUGAGAGGAAUGGGUUCUAUCCGUAUCCGAUAUUUGCGCUGCUCGGGUUGUGGCAGAGGGUGGGGCUGUUUUUGGGGAGCGCGGUCACGAUGUGGGUUGUGGGUGGGGGGUUGAGGGCUGUGUAUGCGUAUGUGAAUGGGUUUGAGAGGGUGGAGGGGAAGAGGGAUUAG